AUGCCACCACCUCUUAGGUGGCGGUGUCCACAUGUCGAAGGGGUUGGGCCUGGUCUGGUCCUAUCUAGAUCCAGACCAAGGCAGCCUAAUCGUCUCACCCCCUCCCCCCCUUUUUUUAGGGGCGAUGCCAAAACAGCAUCAUUUGGAGGCUGGAGGCUGGAGGCUGUCUUCAACCUCCAGCCGAGUUUGACAGACCCGGAUUCCUUCGUGGGUUGGAUUAUAACCUCUGAGUUGGAGUUGAUAUACUUGUCUAUUCAGCACGUAGUCUCACCUCCAUUCUGUUGCAACAGCUGUUUUCAGCCAAAUUGGCAAGCCCCAAUAUCUUGCACAGACAAAGGACUGACCCCACAAGUUGAAAGUAAUGGCAUUGAUGUUGGACAAUAUACACAACCAAGGAGGCUAAGAGCUUAUGAAAUUCCUCAAAUCGUCAAUGACUUCAGGCUAGCUGCAAGGAAUGCUAUGGAAGCUGGUUUUGAUGGUGUUGAAAUUCAUGGUGCCCAUGGUUUUCUUAUUGACCAAUUUAUGAAAGAUCAGGUCAAUGAUCGAACCAAUGAAUAUGGUGGAUCAUUAGAGAACCGUUGUCGGUUUCCUUUGGAAGUUGUUAAAGCUGUUAGUGACGAGAUAGGGGCAAAGCAAGUUGGAAUUAGAUUGUCACCUUUUGCACAUUAUGCAGAAUGUUGGGAUUCCAAUCCUAAAGAACUUGGCUUGCACAUGGUGAAUUCCUUGAAUAAAUAUGGUAUUUUGUACUAUCACAUGGUAGAGCCAAGGGUGAAGACUGUUGGAGAAAAAGUUGAGAGCCCUCAUAGUCUUGUGCCAAUGAGAAAAGCCUUCAAAGUCACAUUUAUUGUUGCUGGAGGCUAUGACAGCAAAGAGGGCAACAAUGCAGUGGCUGAGAACAGGGCAGAUCUUGUAGCCUAUGGUCAGUGGUUUUUGUCCAAUCCAGAUUUGCCAAAAAGGUUUGAGCUUGAUGCUCCUCUCAACAAGUACCACAGAGAAACGUUUUACAUUUCUAAUCCUAUUAUUGGAUAUACUGACUACCCAUUUUUUGAAGUGAGUUCUUAAUUAUUUCAGUUUCACCAAGCAUAAUAACUCCACAACUUGGCAAGGGUUAGAUGUUUGUGCC